AUGAAGCGCGGUUUUCUGAAGGCCAAAACCGUUGUAACCCCCCAAAAGAGUCCAGUAGAAGAGGCUGCACUCAACCCUAGUCCGUUCAUUGGGGACGGCGGAUACAUGUACUGCACUAUUCCACAGGAUGCACCGCCAAACGAACCCGUCAGCGAGUGUUGUUUGCCACCAGAGACCGUCGCCAAUCUCCUCAAAAUUCCCGGCUUCCCCCACCCGAUGCAGCCGAUCGUAGAGGUUUUAUUCCGCCUGGGGGAGAGCCCAGAGAAAGGGCUAGGUCUUUUUGCGACGCGUGCUAUAACGCAAGGCGAAGUCUUACUUGACCGUCGCCCUCUUCUUGUCUCGUCAAUGUCGCAACGCCCCCUUACCACGAAAGCAUUGGAAGCCAUGAUUGCAAAGAUAUCACUCACUGGCCAGCCCCCAAACCCUCACAAGAUUUUGAGCUCGAGCAUGGAAACGAUUGUGGGUCGAAUGCGUCCUGAAAACAGGGCCGCAUAUAUGGCUUUGGCAAACAGCACUCCCGACAGUCCUGUUCUGGGAAUAUUUGAUACCAAUGGAGCAGGGAUUGUCGAUGCAGAGCUCAACGACAAUGGCGGGCCAACUUGCACCUACAGCGCUGUGUGCGACAUUAUUUCGCGCAUGAACCAUAGCUGCUGUCCCAACACUUCCAGAGUCUUCGACAAAAAUUCCUUCUCGAUACGCUUAUAUGCGGCCCGCAACAUUGCCAAAAGCGAAGAACUGACCUUCCCCUACGUGGAUCUGUUGUCGUGUAAAGCAGACCGUCAAGAAAACCUUGACGAAUAUGGCUUUGUUUGCACGUGUCAUGCGUGUGUGGACCCUGCAUCUGACGACCAUCGCGAAGAUAUACACGAGUUUGAAUUCGAUCCGCCGCGCCUCCUGAAGUGGGCCAGAGACAAGACUCUGCCAGAUGACUGGCUCCUCAAAAAGUGCUAUCGACAACUGGAAUUACUCGAGCAGGAGGGAUUGCAGUCAAUCGAUGAGUAUUGGGAAGUCUUGGCCGAUCUUUCAAGAGUAUACCUUUGUUUUGGAGACAUCAAGAACGCCAGAGAGUGGGCCGCUCGUGCAUAUCAGUGCCAAUGGAUUCACUGUCGCCGGUUUGACCGCGCAGAUAUCGACGUGAUAUUGGGUGACAAAUAUGAGCAGUCAGCGUUCUGGUGCUUGCGACAAAGGUAG